CACUAUUGCGUCAUAUUGUUGUAGCCUGAACCCGAGCUCGCUCCUCCUGUCUGAGACAAGAACGACAUUAACGCACAGACACAGCUGACCCUUGCUCACGCAGUGCCGCAGCAAACUGUCGCAUACAGCAACUCGUCCACUAAACCUUGACGCUCCACUCCCACGGCUUCUACAAGAUGGUACGAUUCAACCCUGUCACGCCUGUUCUGAGCACAUGCGCACACGCCGUACCGACCACUCUUGCUUCCAAGCUCCCCUCGCCGCAGCGCUGUCCGACGUGUACGAUAACUUCACAAAUCCGAGACAUCGAAGCUGUACAGGGACAGUUUGACAUACGGGGUGGUCUUUUCCAGUCCAAAGAAGGCGGGAAAGGCGACCAUGCGAGCGCGUGCCACAAGGCCGUCAGAAGGGCCUGGCGCAGGGCAAAGAUUGCACUGACAAAUACUGUGGAAUCGUUCGAAGACCUACUCAAUGACAUAAGUGUGCCAGUCCAGGACCUGGCCAAACUGAGAGAAGCGCUGAAUGUGUGGGACGAGAAGAAGGUCUUGCUAGGUAGAGUGCCGGGUCUAAGAUACAUCAACGGCGCAGAAGAGGAAGAGCCAACCACGUUGGAGAAGGAGGGUGCGCGUUUGUUGAUGGUAUGGUUGAGGAUGGUGAUUGAGAAAGAAACGAAGGAAGAGUGGAGAGACGAGGUAAAGCCAUCCGUAUCCGCGACAGGAUUGAACGAACCGCAGCAGGUGCUCACGAUACCGGAGUCAACUGGAUUGGAUCCGUUAGUAGAAGCUUUGCGCAGUCAGCCACCAGAGUUUCAGUGGACUUCAGCACCAGAACCGGCAUCGGAAGAAAGUUCAGAUGCACAUCUAACAGCCACAACAAUGACUGCGACGCCGCCGGCAUCCCGGCAUGACUUGGCGAUGCCCAAAUCGAUUCUCAAGCGCCCACACACCCGCACCAUUCCCGGCAGCCAAUGCGCAUCACCAUCGCCUAAACGGGUCCGCACAGCAGAUUCGGUGACUAUAUCACCCGAGCACCUCUACGUCGUCAACCCUUCACCCUUCCAACCGCUCUCUCGCACCACAAUCGUGCUGCCACACGCCGCUCAUACCCUUGCCGAGAAUCGUCGCCCACGAACUAAGUUCCAUCGCACGACUACAGCCUACACACCUGGUGUGUGGGCAUCGGAGGCCUUCAGCGAAAAGUUGGAUACCAGCUUCCGUGGCAUGUCGCACGAGGAUAUGAAGGAGCAGUACGAUGAGGAUUCAGCAGAACAAGAGCAGGAACAGAUGUUUGCGGAUAAGCUGAAGGAAACGAGCAGAGGGUGGGUGGCGCUUUGGUGGGCGAACAAGGUCGCUCCGCACUUGGACCUCGAGAAGCUGAAGAUGGAAAUGCUGGCACGAAGUGAGGAGACGGAAGUGAGCUAGACCGCUGCACUUGACUGUGGUGUGCGAAGCUCCGGGUCGUGAUUGCCGCUAUGAAAUUGAGGAUUCGACGUGUUGCUUUAGGAAAACACUAGGGUUUAAGACUACGUGGAUCGGAGUGAACAUUCUGGGGACUGUUCGAGACGCUUGUAUACCCCUAAACAUGAUGGGUACAGGCGCGCGAUAUUGUCCGGUUUCUGGGGAUCCGGUGCGCCUUCCAAUGUUUGCUCUGUUUUCUUUUAGAUUACCUGGGCAGGAGCGAAGCCGCCUGAUAGGUUUCCCAUGCAAAAGCUCACAAAGCUGCCGAAGGAUCGCUGGUGAUGGAAGUGACAUUGGAUUUCAAGUGUGGGCGAGGGAGCGGCAUAGCGCCAGGUUGGACGCAAAGCUGGGUCGAGGUGAUGGGGCAACGCGUCGUCGCGUCAGGCGUUCCUGCAACUGGUUCCUGCCGUAGCGCGAA